AAAGUGAUUUUUAUUAGGCUUUCAUAUGACCAAAAGAAUGUUAACAUCCAAGCUCUUAUCUUCUUCCCUUUCUAAACCACUUCCUUACAACCAAACAACAUAUAUUAGCACUUAACAAUUUUCACAUGUCACUCUAAAUUCUAACUUUCUUUUGUUUCUUUAUGAUCUGGGUAACGUUCCAUUUUCCCUCUACAAUAAAAAUCCAGGAAAAAAAAAACAAGAAACAAAAAAUGGAUAGUAUAGAAAGGGCGCGAAAUCCCAGCAAACGAACAGGCCAUAGCAGCAUAGGCAGGAGCCUGAGCAGGAGUAGCUGGAGUAUGGAAGAUGUAUUUUCAGGUUCCAAGCACUCCAGAAGAAGUAGCCGUGUGGAUGAUGAUGAAGAAGCUCUAAAAUGGGCUGCAAUCGAGAAGCUACCCACUUAUGACCGGUUGAGAACCAGCAUCAUGCAAUCCUUCGUGGAUCAUGAAAUUGUUGGAAACAAGGUGGAGCACAGAGCAGUUGAUGUAACAAAGCUUGACAUGGAUGACAGACAAAAAUUCAUCGACAUGCUCUUCAAGGUUGCAGAGGAAGAUAAUGAGAGGUUCUUGAAGAAGUUUAGAAACAGGAUUGAUAAGGUUGGAAUUCGACUUCCAACUGUGGAAGUGAGGUUUGAGCACCUGACAAUAGAAGCCGACUGCUACAUUGGCAGCAGGGCUCUUCCUACUCUUCCAAAUGUUGCUAGAAACAUUGCAGAAUCGGCUCUUGGUAUGGUUGGAAUCAGACAUGCCAAGAGAACAAAUCUCACCAUUCUUAAAGAUGCAUCAGGGAUUAUUAAACCAUCAAGGAUGACACUCUUACUAGGUCCACCCUCUUCUGGGAAAACAACCCUUUUGCUGGCAUUGGCCGGCAAGUUGGACCCAAGCUUAAGGGUUAAAGGAGAAGUGACCUACAAUGGAUAUAGACUUAACGAAUUUGUUCCUAGAAAGACAUCUGCAUAUAUCAGCCAAAAUGAUGUUCAUGUUGGAGAAAUGACUGUGAAAGAAACCUUGGAUUUCUCAGCAAGAUGCCAGGGUGUUGGGACUCGAUACGAUCUCUUAAGUGAGCUUGCAAGAAGGGAAAAAGAUGCAGGAAUUUUUCCUGAAGCUGAUGUAGACCUUUUUAUGAAGGCAACUGCGAUGGAAGGAGUUGAAAGCAGCCUUUUCACUGAUUACACUCUAAAACUUUUGGGGCUUGACAUAUGUAAGGAUACCAUUGUUGGAGAUGAGAUGCAGCGUGGAAUUUCUGGAGGACAAAAGAAAAGAGUAACGACAGGGGAGAUGAUUGUUGGUCCCACCAAGACCCUUUUCAUGGAUGAGAUAUCAACGGGUCUUGAUAGCUCCACGACAUUCCAGAUAGUGAAGUGCUUGCAGCAGAUUGUUCACCUUACAGAGGCCACAAUCUUGAUGUCCCUACUCCAGCCUGCUCCCGAGACUUUCGAUCUCUUUGAUGACAUCAUCCUCUUAUCAGAGGGCCAAAUUGUCUAUCAGGGUCCACGCCAGCAUAUCCUUGAGUUCUUUGAGAGUUGUGGCUUCAAAUGUCCUGAAAGGAAAGGAACCGCUGACUUCUUGCAAGAGGUUACCUCAAAGAAGGACCAAGAACAAUACUGGGCAGAUAGAAGCAAGCCAUACAGAUACAUUACAGUAACUGAAUUUGCAAACAGGUUCAAGCGCUUCCAUGUUGGAAUGCGGCUAGAGAAUGAGCUCUCCGUGCCUUUUGACAAGUCAAGAGGACACAGAGCAGCAUUGGCCUUCCAAAAAUACUCGGUUUCCAAAGUGGAGCUUCUUAAGGCCUGUUGGGACAAAGAAUGGCUAUUGAUCAAGAGGAAUUCGUUUCUUUACGUGUUCAAGACGUCCCAAAUUGUUAUUGUGGCAUUCAUCGCGUCCACAGUGUUUUUGAGGACUGAAUUGCACACUAGGACUGAGCAAGAUGGGGCAAUCUAUGUGGGUGCACUUUUAUUUGCAAUGAUCACAAACAUGUUUAAUGGUAUCCCUGAGCUCUCCCUCAUGAUCAAUAGGCUUCCAGUGUUCUACAAGCAAAGAGACCUUUUAUUCCACCCUGUCUGGACUUUCACUCUGCCCACUUUCCUGCUCCGGAUUCCAAUAUCUAUUUUGGAAACCACUGUUUGGAUGGUUAUAACGUAUUACUCUAUCGGAUUUGCACCUGAGGCCAGCAGGUUUUUCAAGAACUUUCUGUUGGUGUUUUUAAUACAACAAAUGGCAGCUGGGCUCUUUAGGCUCAUUGCUGGAUUAUGCAGAACAAUGAUCAUAUCUAACACUGGUGGAGCUCUCACUCUACUACUUGUGUUCUUGCUGGGAGGUUUCAUCAUUCCUAAAGGUCAAAUUCCAAACUGGUGGGAGUGGGGUUAUUGGGUUUCACCUAUGAGUUAUGGUUUCAAUGCCUUCACUGUGAAUGAAAUAUAUGCUCCAAGGUGGAUGAACAAACUGGCUUCAGACAAUGUUACGAGAUUGGGGGUAGCAGUACUUAGGAACUUUGACGUUCCCAAUGAUAAAAAUUGGUUUUGGAUUGGAGUAGCUGCUCUUUUAGGGUUCACAGUGCUCUUCAACAUCCUCUUCACCUUUGCGCUCAUGUACCUAAAUCCUCUUGGAAAGCGACAGGCCAUAAUUUCUGAAGAAACAGCGGAAGAGCUGGAGGCUGGCCAUGAGGGUUCUAAGGAAGAACCAAGGUUAAGGAGACCAAGAUCAAGCAAAGAUUCAUUUCCUCGAUCCCUAUCUUCUGCAGAUGCAAAUAAUUCAAAAGAAAUGGCAAUCCGGAGAAUGAGCAGUCGGACCAAUCCCAACGGAAUGAGCAGGAAUGAUUCCUCGCUUGAGGCAGUGAAUGGUGUUGCUCCCAAGAGAGGAAUGGUUCUUCCCUUCUCUCCUCUAGCAAUGUCCUUUGACACUGUCAAUUACUAUGUUGAUAUGCCACCCGAAAUGAAGGCACAAGGAGUUGCAGAGGACAGGUUACAACUACUUCGGGGAGUAACAGGUGCAUUUAGGCCUGGAGUGUUGACUGCACUAAUGGGAGUCAGCGGAGCGGGAAAGACAACAUUGAUGGAUGUUUUGGCAGGAAGAAAGACUGGUGGAUAUAUCGAGGGUGAUAUCAGAAUAUCUGGAUUCCCCAAGAAACAAGAAACCUUUGCAAGAAUUUCUGGAUACUGUGAACAAAAUGAUAUUCACUCACCCCAAGUUACUGUCAGAGAAUCCUUAAUUUACUCCGCUUUCCUUCGGGUUCCUAAAGAAGUCAGCAAUGAGGAAAAGAUGAUUUUUGUGGAUGAAGUGAUGGAACUGGUAGAAUUAGACAACCUCAAGGAUGCCAUAGUUGGGCUGCCAGGGGUCACAGGGUUGUCAACAGAGCAAAGAAAGAGGUUGACAAUUGCAGUAGAGCUUGUUGCUAACCCCUCAAUCAUUUUCAUGGAUGAACCAACAUCUGGCCUUGAUGCGAGAGCAGCAGCCAUCGUCAUGAGGACUGUCAGAAACACUGUGGACACUGGAAGAACGGUUGUCUGUACCAUUCAUCAGCCUAGUAUUGAUAUAUUUGAAGCCUUUGAUGAGUUGCUAUUGAUGAAGAGAGGAGGUCAGGUGAUUUACUCAGGACCAUUAGGCAGGAAUUCUCACAAGAUCAUUGAAUAUUUUGAGUCAAUUCCUGGAAUCCCCAAAAUAAAGGAGAAGUACAAUCCAGCUACAUGGAUGCUAGAAGUGAGCUCUGUAGCUGCUGAAGUUAGGCUUGGAAUUGACUUUGCUGAACACUAUAAAUCAUCAUCCUUGCAUCAGCGAAACAAGGCUUUAGUCAAGGAGUUAAGCACACCACCUCCAGGAGCUAAAGAUCUCUAUUUUGCCACUCAGUACUCACAAUCCACAUGGGGUCAAUUCAAAUCAUGCCUUUGGAAGCAAUGGUGGACUUAUUGGAGAAGUCCUGAUUAUAACCUUGUCAGAUACUUCUUCACUUUGGUUGCUGCCCUCAUGGUUGGUACUAUUUUCUGGCAGGUUGGGACUAAAAGGGAGUCCACAACUGAUCUUACAAUGAUAAUUGGGGCCAUGUAUGCUGCAGUCUUGUUUGUUGGAAUUAAUAACUGCUCAACAGUACAACCAGUAGUAUCCAUUGAAAGAACAGUAUUCUAUCGGGAAAGAGCAGCUGGGAUGUACUCUGCAUUACCUUACGCCCUUGCACAGGUUUUUUGCGAAAUACCUUACAUAUUUGUUGAAACAACAUACUAUACACUUAUUGUGUAUGCUAUGGUGAGCUUUCAAUGGACAGCAGCAAAGUUCUUCUGGUUCUUCUUUGUGAACUUCUUCUCUUUCCUGUACUUCACAUACUAUGGAAUGAUGACUGUUUCGAUCACACCAAACCUUCAAAUAGCAGCUAUAUUUGCCUCAGCAUUCUAUGCACUCUUUAAUGUUUUCUCCGGCUUCUUUAUUCCAAGACCAAGAAUUCCCAAGUGGUGGAUAUGGUAUUACUGGAUAUGCCCGGUGGCAUGGACAGUUUAUGGACUGAUCGCGUCACAAUAUGGAGAUACUGAAGACACCAUUAAAGCACCUGGCAUCGUGCCUGACCCUACUGUUAAAUGGUAUAUUAAAGACCAAUACGGCUAUGAUGCAGACUUCAUGGGGCCAGUUGCUGCAGUUUUGGUUGGCUUUGCAGUGUUCUUUGCCUUCAUGUUUGCCUACUGCAUAAGGACACUCAACUUCCAGACAAGAUAA